AUGGAUGAUAAUCCUGUGAAUAAACAUAACAAAUUAUUAGCCAGUUUAAGCAAGAAUGCACUUAAAUAUAAGGAAAAAGGAAACGCUUGGUUCUCUAAAGGGGAUUAUAAUAAUGCAUAUCAAAGUUAUACAGAUGCUAUACAGCUGAAUCCAAAUGAUGCAAUUUUAUAUAAUAACAGGGCUCAAACUCUAAUAAAACUUAAUAAGUAUAUCGAAGCAAUUGAAGAUUGUAAUAAAGCUAUAAACUUAAUUAAUAAAAGUAUAGGAAGUGGUGAUUCUAAACAACAAGAAAAGUUAUUUAACCCUGAUUAUAAGGAUUAUAUCCAUCUUAAUCCUAGUAUUCUUAAAAUAUUGUCGAAAUCCUUUUUUAGAAGAGGCCUAUCUAGGUAUGAAUUGUUAAAAAAUAAACUUCAAAUUUCAGAUAUUGACAAAAAUAUACAAAUAAGUCAAUGCAUUGGAGAUUUUAAGAUGAUUUUAGCUUUUGAAUCUAGCAAUGCAAUUGCCAAGCAAUAUUUAGAAAUAUUGCAAAAAUAUCAAAGGUCUUUUGAAGUAGCAAAUAGUGGGGAACCAACACUUGCUAAUGUAGAAAUGAUUAAUAAUUACCACCAUUCUCUUCUAACAACUCAGAAUGCACCUCAAAAUUUAUAUCAAUUUCUUAAAGAUAUGUCAUUCCUAUCUAAAUUACAGAUUAAAAAUAUAAAUGAUCAAAAUUUGCUCUUUAAAUAUAUCUCAAAAAUCAAUCCAACCAAUUAUCCAGUUAUAUUUGGAAAAUCCUUAGAAUACUCACACUUAGAAUUUAUAAUUAAAAUUUUAAAAGAAUAUAGUCAACUUUCAAAGAAUCAAAAUAAUCAAAGUACAAAUAAUUUUCCCAUUGAUGUUCUUGGUCAUUUAGAACAUUUGAGUAAUAUUAAAAGAUUUGAUACUAUUGUAACCCUUUUUUUAAAUGCCUCAGAUAAACAAAAUAUCAAAGAAAUUUUAUCGAACUGUGAAUCAAAUAUAUCUGAUAAAUCAUAUAGAGAUAGAAUUAUAAAAAUUUAUAAAUUAUAUAGUUUAUGA